AUGCACAGAGGAUGGGGUCGCUCAGUCCACCACAAACAUGAGCGCGGCCUCACGGGUCCCACCACCCGCGUCCUCGCCGACAUAACCAGCAUGCUCAAGACCCUUCUCCCCACCCCUGUGCCCCUCUUCCUCAUGGGCCACAGCAUGGGCGGCGCCGAAAUCCUGCACUACGCAUCCACCGGACCCUCGGACGUCCUCUCCCAAAUCCGCGGCUUCAUCGCCAGCGCACCACUCAUAAGCCUCCACUCCGACACUCGCCCCUUCAAAGCCACCGUAUACGCCGGCCGCCUCGCCGGCCGUGUGUUGCCCAGAUUCCAACUCGUGCAGAAACUAGACAGUAAAUGGUUAAGCAGAGACGCCGAGCAAAACAAACUCUGGGAACAGGAUGAACUGUGUCAUGACACUGGAACCUUGGAGGGUCUGGCAGGAAUGCUGGACAGAGGACUCCAACUCGAAAGCUUCAAGGUGUUGCCAAAGGGAAAUGCAGGAGAAGGUGGAAAGACUAGAUUGUUGGCGUUACAUGGAACCGGUGACCAUGUGAAUGCGUAUGAGGCCACCAAGGCAUAUGUUGAGCGCUGCACUGAGUUGAGUGACAAGGAGCUCAAGAGUUACGACGGUUGGUAUCAUAACAGUGAGUUUCUCCUUCUACUUCCUCCCUUCUUGCGAAAAGUGAUGCUAUACUCACCAUUCACAGUGCAUGCCGAACCCGGUGACGACAAGCUCCUCUUCGCAAACCACGUCACUGAAUGGAUCUUGCAAAGAUCAGGGCCCGAAGACUCCAAGUCGAAACUCUGA